AGGCGCGGCCGGAGGGGGCAGGGCGACCCGGAAGGGCUCGCUGCAGGGCCGCCUGUCUCCCCAGGACAGGAGAACCCGCUGUCCGGCUGGCAUCCUCCCCAGGCGACUGCGGCCAGCAUGGGCCGGAAGGUGACAGUGGCCACUUGCGCACUGAACCAGUGGGCCCUGGACUUCGAGGGCAAUUUGCAAAGGAUUUUAAAGAGUAUUGAAAUUGCCAAACACAAAGGAGCGAGAUACAGGCUUGGACCCGAACUGGAGAUAUGUGGCUACGGAUGUUGGGAUCAUUAUUACGAGUCGGACACCCUCUUGCAUUCGCUCCAAGUCCUGGCUGCCCUGUUGGAAUCUCCGGUCACUCAGGAUAUCAUCUGUGACGUGGGAAUGCCCGUGAUGCACCGGAACGUCCGCUACAAUUGCAGGGUGAUAUUUCUCAACAGGAGGAUCCUGCUCAUCAGACCCAAAAUGGCCUUGGCAAAUGAAGGCAACUACCGAGAGCUGCGCUGGUUCACCCCGUGGUCCAGGACUCGGCAAACAGAGGAAUAUUUUCUCCCCCGGAUGAUCCAGGACCUGACAAAGCAGGAAACCGUGCCUUUUGGGGAUGCAGUGCUGGCGACCUGGGACACCUGCAUCGGGAGCGAGAUCUGCGAGGAGCUCUGGACGCCCCACAGCCCACACGUGGACAUGGGCCUGGACGGCGUGGAGAUCUUCACCAAUGCCUCGGGCAGCCACCACGUGCUGCGCAAAGCCCACGCCAGGGUGGAUCUGGUGACCAUGGCCACCACCAAGAACGGUGGGAUUUACCUGCUGGCCAAUCAGAAGGGCUGUGACGGGGACCGGCUGUACUACGAUGGCUGUGCCAUGAUCGCCAUGAACGGCAGCGUGUUUGCUCAGGGGUCCCAGUUCUCUCUGGACGACGUGGAAGUCCUCACCGCCACCUUGGAUUUGGAGGAUGUCAGAAGCUACAGGGCGGAGAUUUCGUCUCGAAACCUGGCGGCCAGCAGGGUGAGCCCCUACCCCCGAGUGAAGGUGGACUUCGCCCUCUCGUGCCACGAGGACGUGCUAUUGCCGCUGUCCGAUCCCGUCGAGUGGAAAUACCACAGUCCUGCCGAGGAGAUCAGCCUUGGACCUGCCUGCUGGCUCUGGGAUUUUUUAAGACGUAGCCGACAGGCGGGGUUUUUCCUGCCCCUCAGUGGCGGGGUGGAUAGCGCAGCCACUGCCUGUCUUGUCUACUCCAUGUGCCGCCAGGUCUGCGAGGCUGUGAAGAACGGAAAUCAGGAAGUGCUGGCUGACGUCCGGGCCAUCGUGAACCAAACAAGCUACACCCCCCAGGACCCCCGAGAGCUCUGUGGACGCGUCCUAACCACCUGCUACAUGGCCAGCGAGAACUCCUCCCGGGAGACAUGCGACAGGGCCAAAGAGCUGGCCCAGCAGGUUGGGAGCCACCACAUCGGUCUCAACAUUGAUCCAGCCGUGAAGGCCGUCAUGGGCAUCUUCAGCCUGGUGACGGGGAAGCGCCCUCUGUUUGCCGUCCAGGGAGGAAGCAGCAGGGAAAACCUGGCACUGCAGAACGUACAGGCUCGAAUUAGGAUGGUCGUCGCCUAUCUUUUCGCUCAGCUGAGUCUCUGGUCCCGGGGCACUCAAGGUGGCCUGCUGGUGCUCGGAUCCGCCAACGUGGAUGAGAGUCUCCUUGGCUACCUGACCAAGUACGACUGUUCCAGCGCGGACAUCAACCCCAUAGGCGGGAUCAGCAAGUCGGACCUGAGAACCUUCGUCCAGUUCUGUGUCGAGCGCUUCCAGCUUUCCGCCCUGCAGAGCAUCCUGGCAGCGCCGGCCACUGCAGAGCUGGAGCCCUUGGCCAACGGACAAGUGUCCCAGACUGACGAGGUAAUGUUCUUUGUCAUUUUUUCCGAAUGCCACCUUCAUAUUGACCAAUCAGUGUUGGGGAAAGAGACCUCAGCUCUGCUCCUGGCCCUUUGCGGCCGUCUCCCCUCCCCUGGGUCUCCGGUUCCCGUCCCCAAAAGAAGUUGUAAGCUCUCUUCCAGCGCUGACUCGCUGUCCCUCCACGAAGUGUCUGUCUUUCCUGCACAGGAGGACAUGGGGAUGACGUACGCGGAGCUCUCGGUCUACGGGAGACUCAGGAAGAUGGCCAAGACCGGGCCCUACAGCAUGUUCUGCAGACUCCUCAACAUGUGGGGAGACACCUGGACCCCACGACAGGUGGCCGACAAAGUGAAGCGAUUCUUCUCCAAGUAUUCCUUGAACAGGCACAAGAUGACCACGCUCACCCCCGCGUAUCACGCAGAGAACUACAGCCCGGACGACAACAGGUUUGAUCUGCGGCCGUUUCUGUACAACACCGGCUGGCCUUGGCAGUUUCGGUGCAUAGACAAUCAGGUUCUCCAGCUGGAGAGGACGGAGCCGCAGGACCUGGACGGCGUGGACUGACAGCAGGUCCUGCGUGGCCUCCUCCCCU